AUGGAAGAAACUAAUAUAGCAUCGAUUGUUUUGGGUGUCGUAGCCGGUUUUUAUAGUACUAUCUUUUUACUUUGUUUAUCAGAUGUUGUUCAUUUAAAUAAAGAAAUGACCAAAAUGAAACUUGAAUUAGCGGAUUUAAGAAAUCAAAGUAUUAUAUUCAAUCGUUCAUUUUUCGUUGAUUCAUCAAAUCAAAUAUUAUUAACAAGAAAAAAUAUAUCUGGAAAAUUAUGUUUAUCAUAUAAUGAACAACGGCAAAUACUUGAAUAUAUUAAUUUUAUAUGCAAUAUGGCAAUACUUUUAUUUGGAUGUUAUUCAAUAUAUGUUCAUGGCCUAGGAACAUAUCAUGGUCUUGCUUAUCGUUUAUUUUUUUUCAUAUGUAAAUUAUGUACUAUAAUUAUAUUGAUUUGGCUCAAUCUUCAUUUUAAAAAAGGUUUACCAAGUGAUAUAUUUUUGUACACAUGGAUUGAUAUUAAUUGUGUUGUAUCAAUAUAUCGUAGUUUACGUCAAAUAAUCUGA